AUGGUUCAGUUACUUUAUAUCGUAGCUAGCAUACAUUUAAUUUUAUGCCCAUUUACUAAAGUAGAAGAAAGUUUCAAUAUCCAGGCUACCCACGAUAUUUUGUACCAUCGUUUUAACCUCUCGGAGUAUGAUCACAACGAAUUCCCGGGGGUCGUGCCGCGUACUUUUAUUGGCCCUGUUAUUAUAUCGGCUUUAUCAGCACCAUUUGUUUCGGUUUUACAUUUAAUCGGAAUAAAUAAAUUCUGGAUGCAAUACGUGGUGCGUCUCACCCUAGCUUUAACUGUAAUAGUAUCAUGGAGCCGCCUCAGGGAUGCUUUGCAAAAGCAAUUUGGUACUGCUUUUGCAUGGUGGUUUACUUUAAUUACUGCCACACAGUACCACUUUAUGUUCUACAUGAGUCGUCCUUUACCAAACAUUAUGGCUCUCCCACUUGUGCUAAUUGCGUUUGAAGGAUGGCUCUUAGGAAAGCAUAAACAGUUUUUAAUUUCAGCGGGAUCUUCUAUUAUUAUAUUUAGGUCUGAGUUGGCCAUCCUAUUUGGAUUGUUCCUUAUAAUAGAUUUAACCUUUAAAAAAAUUGAUUUGAUGAGAUUCUUCAAAAUAGUAUUACCUGCUGGAGCAGGAUUAGUGGCAUUAACAGUUAUAGUGGAUUCAAUAUUUUGGAGAAGAUUACUUUGGCCAGAAGCAGAGGUGUUUUGGUAUAACACCAUUUUAAAUAAAAGCUCAAACUGGGGUACAUCGCCAUUUUUAUGGUACUUUUAUUCUGCGCUUCCUCGAGGCCUAGGUCCAAGCAUUAUUUUGCUACCCAUCGGACUCUACCUGGACAGGCGUUUAAUACCUAUUGUAGCACCUGCGAUAGUUUAUGUGUUUCUGUUCUCUUUUUUGCCUCAUAAAGAGCUUAGGUUUAUAAUUUACGUUUUUCCAUUGCUCAAUAUGGCGACGGCUGCGGCAUGCUCAUAUGUAUUUGUAAGAAGAAGUAAAUCACCAAUUUAUGAGUUACUUUUUUGGGGGAUAACCGUAAUCAUAGUUGCUAAUGUUAUAUUCUCAAUAGCUCUCGUUUUAGUUGCAAUGACAAAUUAUCCCGGUGGAUUGGCUAUCACUAAAUUUCAUAAGUUGUUAAAGAACGAACCUUCUGUCCACGUGCAUAUUAGUAAUCUAGCAGCACAAACCGGUGUUACCAGGUUCACUCAAAUUCAUGAUCAUUGGCAAUACAGUAAAAACGAAUCCUUGCAGCCUGAACAGCUGCAAGCUUAUACUCAUCUUCUUAUCGAAGCUAAAAGUAAAUAUUCACCGACUCUUAAAUCUUUUACACAUACACAUGUCAUUUUAGAUAACGUUGAGACAUUUUCUCAUGUAACUGUAAAUUAUAAGCUAAUGCCCCCAGUAAAAAUAAAGACGCGUCCAGCUAUUUUCAUUUUAGAGAAAACGAAUUUUAGAGAUCAAAAAGAGUUUCAAACUUCUGACAGCAUUAACGUUGCCAGAAAUAUUGAAGCAAAUGAAAUUUCAUCAGAAGAAACAAUUGUUCAAGUUAUAAGUUAUGACAGUCAAGUUUUUGAUACGCCAGUUACAGAAGAUGAUGAGACUGUAGAUGAGUCGAACGUUGAAGAUAAUGUAAAUAUAAACCAUAAAGAGGUUUCAGAGGAGACUACUGAAAUAAACGAAGCGGAAAAACGUUAUGAUAAUUCUCACGAAGUAGAAGUAGACAAUUCAGAACAAAAAUCCGAAAAGGACUUGAAUGAUGCACAUGACCAUGUAAGGUCUUAUAGACAAGAAAGAAAGAAAAAAGCAAUAGCGAAAAUCAAAUCAGAAACUCGUAAAGAAGUUGUAGCUUCAGCCAAGGAAAAGUUGAAAGAAAUAAUGAAGAGACAUAAGAAUGUUGCAAAAGAGCUUUCUGAAAAUAUGUUAUUGGACGAUAAAACCGAAAUCAAAGAAGUAGAUGGAAGGGGCGAUAUUCCUGAAUCAGAACCUUUGCUUGAGGUAGACAAUUCAUCAGUUAUUGCCAUCGAACCGAUUGCUUCUGAACCAAUGCAAGAAAAUGAUUUGAACUCGGUUGAUAUUCAGUCCACAGACACAGCCAACCUUACAAAUGAAAAUAUAGAUACCAUAGUAGAAGAAGUAAUUACGAGACUAAUAGAUAGAAAAAUUUAUGAUGACAAGACUAAACCAGAGGAUAUCAAAGUAGAAGAUAGGCUAAUGAUACAGAAAAUUGUAGAAGAGGUACUUGCAGAAAAAAUGAAUUAUAAAUCUAAUAACGGAUAA